UGCGCCCCGUUUUCGCUUACAAAAGAUAUUCACAAUAUUUUAAAAAUGUAAAAAGAAUUGCCUGGUACAUAUAUUAUACAUUCUAGUUAAAAAUUAAUAUCAAGAAUGUCGUGUUUUGACGACAUAAUUUGCUUCAUAGAAGAUAUGAUAGAAUUCUUAAUAUGUAUUAUCACGCAGUCUAUCAUAACAUGUGCUUUAACAGUAUUUGUGUUGAUGAUCUCUAUGAUGUACUUGAAAAGGCACGACGUACGUCAACAAACCCAAGGUCUUGGUACAUCGUUAAUAAAUUUUAAUGCUGAAGGCACUGGCCCGAUGCCAACGAGUACAGGUACCAGCGGACCGCACUCCUGGGAUGGACUUUAUCUGCCAUAUCAAAAAGUUCCCGAUGACAAUUUGAACUCAUUUAAAGCAGUCGGUGAUGACACUCGUUCUCAUUUGGCGAAGGAUUACUCAACAAUUGGUAUGAGUGGUAAUACAAAAAGUGGUACAAAUGGUGCUACAAGCGGAGGUACAUAUUCUGUUAGAAGUAGGGCUACAUAUGGUGCUCCAAGUGAUGUUACACAUGGUACUAAAAAUAAGACUAUGAAUGGUACUACAAGUGGUGCUACAAAUGGAGCUACAAAUGGUGCUGCAGGUGUUGCUAUGACUAAUACCAAUAGCGGCUCCCGCACACAAACGAGUCCCCGCGUCGGUACUAGCCAAACUGGUGCUGAUACAGAGAAAAAAGGCAGAGUCAAGAAAUUGCCAUUGACAAGAAGUUGUGAAAGUUGCACACAAACGGAGCAUUGUUAUGGGGCCGCCAACUUGUGCAGAUCUUAUAGCUACACGAGCUGUUGCCGUAGGACUCUUAAUGUGCCAAGUGAAGAUAAUUAUUGUUGGAGCAACAAAAGUUCGUUGUCCAGAAGAGAGACGGAAUGUGACAAAUGUCUUAGCACACGCAAUGGUCCGAGCAGAAAAACAGUCCCUAGUUUGCCAACUUGUUCUGGAUUACAUCCAAACCGGUCAUGCUUAUUUGUCAAGACAAGCACACAGUCCUGUUGUACGCCACCGCCCUGCUGCCGGCGUUAACAACAAAUCAAGUGAAAAUUGUACAAAAAUAAAAAUGAUUUUUAUAGAAAAAUCAAGGAAAAUAUGUGUCCUUAUCUCCUCGACGCAGACAUAAUUUACCCAAGUCCCAUAGGAACUUCGACAGUACUUUCGAAACUUACUGUAGAAAAAAGAUGAGCAGUCUAGGCGACAGUGCCACCGAAUUACUUUGGGCUCUGUGCAACGCUAUAGAAGAAAAUUAUAUUGUUGUGAUCAGCAUCCUUUUGAUCAUAGUGCUGGGGUUCCUUCUUCCAGACAUUUCCCACAAGGUACAAGUCCGCAGUGAUGUGAAAGCCAUGAAAAAAGUUUUGGAUCUAGUCACGACACAUGUGGGACGUGCGGAAGUGGCUUGCUUGACCACGGCUGAUGACAUUUUUUGUCUCAAAGAUCCCAAGCAUGACCAGAACACGGAAACUGUUAGUAAACGAAUCUACGCGACCUAUCCGUACGCACAAGCAGCGCCCUGCGUUCAACACAUUCGGAGCCAGUGCAUGUCGAACAGAAAAUUGGUUUCCUUCAGCGAUUCUAUUUCCCAUACAAAAACGCCUCGCACAAGGAAAUUGCCAUAAUGUCCUACGUAUAUACCCACUCAUUCGACGCCAAAAAACCAGUGAAUGCUACUAGUAAUGCACCCGAAAUUUUGUAAAGUGAACUCUUAUUCCUAUAAUAAAUAUUUCAAUAGCAGUGUA